UGACAAUAUCGAAGAAAAACGAACGACUGAUUCUGGAAGAUUAUUCCAGUCAGUAACAGUUGAAUGAAAGAAGGAAGAAGAGACUGUUUGUGGAGAAAACCCGCUCACAGGAGGUGGGAUACGAACACUCUUGACGACAUGGCUCUCUUCUUUGCAAGUGGAUAAGUUCUUAAAGCAGUAAAGGAGUUUAACGAGUUAGAUAAAUGAGAGUUUUGUACUUUAAUGACUUAAUUUUCUUUCUGUUUAUUCAUCUAAUCCCUAUUAAAUCUCUUUAAAAAGUUGAGCAAGUAGUAUAGAUGACACACCUAGCACCUAUAAAUUAAUAUUUACUAUUUCAUUUAUUCUAGCCUUUCUUGGAUCAAAUUGAAGGUAAAGUAUUUAGUAGACUUUCUUUUGUUUAUACGGUGAAAACAUUUAAAUAUAAAUAAAUAUAGAAUAAUUGACAUCGUUUUUAUCAUUUUAUUAGAGACGUUUCGUUAUGAACUCAUAACAUCAUCAGUCGAAAAAUGAAAUGAAUGAACAAACAAGACGAAAGAGUAUAAAUAUAGACAAUACAAAGAGAGAGACAAGAACACAAAUUAGACGAGAACGUUUUCUUUUAAUCAUUAAUUUUCGCCCCCCCAAACUUAUUGUCUUUUUGUAAUCAAAAUACAUUUAAUAUGAAACUCUUCUGUGAAUAACUAACUACAGUUCUAUGGUUAAAAGAACUGUUGUUAAAAGAUUCAGAAUUAAUUACAUAUGUUUAUAGAAAACCCACCGACACUGGUCUAUAUCUCAGAUGGACAAGUAAUCAACCCCGCAAUUAUAAAAUUAAUUUAAUUAAAUGCCUAUGCUUUCGUGCAAAAAGAAUUUGCUCAUCGGAUAGUCUAUUUAAACAACAGUUAGAAUAUUACAAAAAGAUUUUUAUUGCCAAUGAAUAUCCACGUAAUGUUGUUAAGAAAACUAUUCGUAGUAUUGAAUUAAGUAUUAAUAAGAAACAAUCCGGUCUGAAUAUUCAAAAAUUAUUUAUUCCUUUUCCUUAUUACGGUGAAUGUGUUCUAUAGUGUUAGCAAAUAAGAUUCGGAAAAUAUUACAAAUUUCCACAACACAUUAUAUUUGGAUUUAAGACUGGAAAUAGAAUCUCUUCAUUGUUUAGCAGAACCUAUCGUUGUAGUAAUGAUAAUAAGCGAAUAGUAUAUGGUUAUUCAUGUUAUGAUUGUGAUGGAUAUUAUAUUGGUCAGACAGCGAAAGAUUUUGAUGGUAUUAAAUGGGGCAACAAUUGUAAUGAGCUGAAUGCUGCUUAUGCAGCUGACGGCUAUGCUCGAAUAAAAGGAGUAGGAGCACUUUUAACGACCUUCGGAGUGGGUGAACUGUCGGCUAUCAAUGGAGUUGCUGGUUCCUUCUCUGAAAUGGUUCCUGUUGUGCAUAUUGUGGGUACACCAGCCACAGCUUCACAAGCAAAAGGCGCUCUAUUACAUCAUACAUUAGGAAAUGGAGAUUUUCGUGUAUUUGCUAAAAUGUAUAAAGAAGUAACAAUUGCGCAAGCUGAUUUAAACAAACACAAUGCAGCCGAAGAAAUUGAUCGUGUGUUAAAAAAGUGUGUAAUCAGCGUCAGACCAGUUUACAUUUCGUUACCUGUCGACUUAAAUACUUUUGAACUAAAUAUUGAUUCGGAUCAAAUAAAACCACUUGAUUUAAAAAUACCACUCAAUCCACCAGAAGAACAUGAAGCAGCUAUUACAGCCAUACUCAAUGUAACAGAAAAAGCUGAAUCAAUUGUUGUCGUAGUCGAUGCAUGUACACUUCGUCACCAGGUACAAAAAGAAGUCUUAAAAUUUGUUGAACACGCACAACUGCCAGUUUAUGUUACUCCAAUGGGCAAAGGAGGCAUUGACGAACAUCAUCCUCAAUUUCGUGGUGUGUAUGCUGGUGAUUGUUCGUACGAACAAGUGGCUGAAGAAAUACACAAUGCAGAUAUCAUUAUUAGUGUUGGAAGUUUAAAUUGCGACUUUAACACUGGUGGAUUUACAUUUCAUCUUAAACAAAAGAAAACAAUUGAGCUUCAUUCAUUUGCUACAAAAGUAUUUUAUGCCGUUUACGAUAAAGUUAAUAUGAAACAAUUAUUGCCUGAUUUAACAAAGAGAUGGCCAACAGAAAGAAUAAAAAAGUACAGUAUGAAACCGAUAGUUCCUCCUGCUGCUCCUCCUAGUGAUAAUAAUCAAGAAAUAUUGCACGACUAUUUUUGGAAAAAAGUACCCGAUUUUAUGCCAGAAAAUUCCAUCAUCGUAGCAGAAACUGGUACCUCAGAAUUUGGUAUUUUUAAUCUCAAAGCUCCGAAUGGCUCAGUAUUUUUAACACAAAUAUUAUGGGGUUCAAUUGGUUAUAGUGUUGGAGCCUGUCUGGGUGCAGCAACUGGCUCGAAAAAAGAAAAACGUCGUGUAUUUUUAUUUGUUGGCGAUGGUUCAUUUCAGGUUGUGUGCCAAGAGGUAUCAUCAAUGCUUCGUUCUAACGUAACUCCGGUUAUCAUUUUAUUAAAUAAUGAUGGCUACACAAUUGAGAAGUUGAUUCAUGGCCCUGAUCGUGCUUAUAAUUCAAUUCAAAUGUGGAACUAUCACAAAACAUUUGAAUAUUUUGGUGCCGGAAUAAAACAAAAUACAGAGCAAGCGUCAAUUGGUUAUACGGGACAAGUGUCAACAAGAAAAGAUUUUGAAAAAGUAAUGGAACAAGUGAGAAAAGAAGAUGAUAAAAUACAUUUUAUCGAAGUUAUUAUGCCAAAACUAGAUGCUCCAACUAGUCUCAUACAAACAAUUGAAGGAGUCAAUAAAAACAAAAAACUACAACUGAAUGAAGAAUAG